AUGUCCUAUCAUGGGAGAUCCUUCAACACGAGCCCAUUUCCAGAGAACCGUUACCGUUCCAACGAGGGUCUCACUGGACUCGGCCUGUCGACCGGUCCGACCACAGGCGCAGGAUUCUUUGAAUCAAGAGAUCGAACGUUGCCCAUGUACAAGGACAAGCCAUACUUCACACCGAAGCGAACGGCUCCUCGAAAAAGAUGGAGACCGUUGUUCGUGCUCGGGGUUUGUGCGCUGACCUUGUUGUGGUACUACAAGUCAUCGAUGCCUACGUGGCGGAGUCCGACUGCGUCGCGGGAUGUUGGUGUUGAGCUUUGGAAGUGGACGCAAGUCAUGGAUGACGAAGGCUCGUCAAAAGCAAAGGCAGACUGGAACGAGCGCAGGGACAAAGUCCGCGAUGCGUUCCUUGUCAGCUGGCAAGGCUAUGAGAAGGAUGCCUGGGGUUCGGACGAGUACAACCCAGUCUCAGGCCGGGGUAGGAACAUGAUCGAGGGUGGCAUGGGCUGGAUCAUCGUUGACGCACUGGACACGAUGAUUGUCAUGAAUCUAAGCACUGAAGUGCGACAUGCGCGAGAAUGGAUCUCUACAUCGUUGAAGUACACCCAAGAUCAUGACGUGAGUACCUUUGAGACGACGAUUCGCAUGUUGGGUGGCCUGCUUUCAGCCCACUACUUGUCGACACAAUACCCGACCCUUGCUCCAAUCGCGGAUGACGACGUCGGCGCUUCUGGGGAGGACCUGUACAUCGAGAAGGCGACAGAUCUCGGGGACCGCUUACUCGGCGCAUUCGAGUCACCGUCUGGAAUACCUUACGCUAGCGUGAACCUGAACAAGUCCGAAGGCUUACCGUCCCACGGAGAUGGUGGCGCCUCCUCUACCGCUGAGGCUACGUCGGUACAGCUUGAAUUCAAGUACUUGGCCAAGCUGACAGGCGAGGCUGAAUAUUGGAAAGCGGUAGAGAAAGUCAUGGAGGUGAUUGAUGAGCAACACCCUCAAGACGGACUUGUCCCUAUUUUCAUCGACCCCAGGACGGGCCACUUCCAAGGCCAGAACAUUCGUCUAGGGAGUCGUGGAGAUUCUUACUACGAAUACCUCAUCAAGCAGUACCUUCAAACUUCCGGACAAGAACCCGUAUACAAAGAGCUUUGGGAUGAGUCUCUACGCGGCGUUCGCAAGCACUUACUCGCAUUCUCCAAGCAUGCACAAUUACUGGUCUUGGGUGAACGCCCUGACGGGCUGCGGGAAAGUCUGAGCCCGAAGAUGGACCACCUGGUCUGCUUCCUGCCUGGAACGUAUGCUCUGGGUGCAACCGGAGGUCAACCUCUCGCCGAAGCCCGCAAAUCGGCAGACUGGUCUCAUCAACGCGAAGACGAGAUCUUUAUCGCCAAGGAAUUGAUGAAGACCUGCUGGGCCACAUACUUGAAGACCGCCACCGGCCUCGCACCCGAAAUCUCCCACUUCGUUCUCGAUUCCCCGCCCGUCAUGAUGGAAGACAAAUACCCCGAUCCCAGUACAGGCCCGGAAAGCACGAAACCGCAAGAGUACAAAUCAAUCUCAGGACCCCUUUCCCAGUCAUCCGAUGGCUCGCAAGUCUGGCGCGAGGACAUUGAAAUUCACAACCUGGACCGUCACAACCUACAACGACCCGAGACCGUCGAAUCCCUGUUCUACAUGUACCGAAUCACCGGCGACGAGACCUACCGAGAAUGGGGCUGGGAGAUGUUCAAGUCUUUCGUCAAGUACACCGCCGUCGUCGAGGUGGAAGAAAACGAAGUGGUUGACAAUACCAACGUGGUCAAACGUAUCAAGGGGUUCACGUCUUUAUCCAACGCGGAUACCCUUCCACCGACUACGCGCGAUAACAUGGAGAGCUUCUGGAUGGCCGAGACUCUCAAGUAUUUCUACCUGUUGUUCUCUGACCGGGAUUUCAUCCCCCUCGAAGAGCAUGUGUUCAAUACAGAGGCUCAUAUUCUGCCUCGUUUCAAGCCGACUGGCGAGUUGAAGACUGGUUGGCAGAGGAAGGCCAAGGUUGCAGCUGUUGAGGAUGCUGCUCAAUAG